CAGUCCAGGUGUGUUCACUCGCAAUUUUUAACAGACCGCCAAACGAAAAGGUCCUCUGUAAUUGAGUUUUAAUAUUCGUGUCAAAGUGAAGUUUGUAUUGGUAAUUAUUAAAAUGGUUGUGUUGACUUCCAAAGAAAAAUCAAAUAUGUCUGUCGCUGAUUUUUAUGCGGGAAAAAGUGUUUUUAUAACUGGUGGAACGGGGUUUUUAGGGAAGGUAUUUAUUGAAAAACUGCUGUACAGCUGCCCAGAUAUUGAUAAGAUCUACAUGCUGAUCAGAGAGAAAAAAGGACAAUCUAUCCGAGAGAGGUUGACGAAAAUUGUUGAUGACCCGCUCUUCAAUAGAUUAAAGGACAAGCGACCAGGUGAUUUAGGCAAAAUAGUAUUAAUACCUGGAGAUAUCACUGUUCUCGGAUUAGGAAUAUCAGAAGAAAACGAAACUAUAUUGACAGAGAAGGUGUCAGUGGUCAUUCAUUCAGCAGCCACAGUGAAAUUCAACGAGCCUCUAGCGACUGCGUGGAAUGUCAAUGUGGAAGGUACUCGAAUGAUCAUGGCUCUGAGUCGCAGGAUGAAGAGAAUUGAGGUCUUCAUCCACAUAUCGACAGCAUACACGAAUACAAACAGAGCAGUGAUAGAUGAAGUUCUGUAUCCACCGCCAGCAGACAUCAACGAUGUACACCAACACGUCAAAAAUGGCGUCACUGAGGAAGAAACAGAGAAGAUACUGAAUGGACGUCCAAAUACAUACACAUUCACGAAGGCAUUGACAGAGCAUCUCGUAGCUGAAAACCAAUCCUACAUGCCCACUAUCAUCGUCAGACCUUCUAUAGUGGGUGCAAUCAAGGAUGACCCCAUACGAGGCUGGUUAGCCAACUGGUACGGAGCAACUGGUCUCUCAGUCUUCACUGCCAAGGGUCUAAACCGGGUCAUCUACGGACACUCCAAUCACGUGGUGGACCUCAUCCCAGUAGACUAUGUUGCUAAUUUAGUGAUUGUUGCUGGGGCUAAGACUUAUCAUUCGAAUGAAGUGACAAUCUACAAUUCCUGCAGCAGUUCCUGCAACCCCAUCACUAUGAAGAGACUCGUCGGGCUAUUUAUAGACUACACUGUCAAACAUAAGUCUUAUGUCAUGCCACUUCCCGGUUGGUAUGUGUACAGUAACUACAGGUGGCUGGUGUUCCUCGUCACACUCAUAUUCCAGGUGAUACCAGCGUAUCUAGGUGAUAUAGGACGCCGCCUGUUAGGAAAAAAUCCAAGGUAUUACAAACUGCAAAAUCUGGUCGCGCAAACGCAGGAGGCAGUGCACUUCUUCACAUCUCAUACGUGGGAGAUUAAAUCGAAAAGGACGAGUGAACUAUUCUCAUCUCUUUCUCUCACAGAUCAACGCAUGUUUCCAUGUGAUGCCAACAGGAUAGAUUGGACUGACUACAUUACGGAUUAUUGUUCCGGAGUUUACAUAGAAAAACUGUUACAUUCCUGUAAAAAAAUUGAUAAGAUAUACCUUCUUGUUCGAGAGAAAAAGAAUGUUAGCAUUAACAAGAGAAUAGAAGAUAUGCUGAACAAUCAGUUCUUCACAAGAUUGAAAAAUACCGACCCUGAAUGUUUCAAGAAGUUGGUCCCUAUUUCUGGAGAUGUUCGAUUACCAAAACUGGGACUGAAACCUGAAGACGAACAGACUCUCAUUGACAAUGUAUCAGUAGUAUACCAUGGCGCAGCAACAGUAAAGUUUAUGGAACCAUUACCAAUAGCCAUGAACACCAACUUCGAAGGUACAAAGAAACUUCUUGAGCUCAGUCAACGAAUGAAGAAAAUCGAGGUAUUUCUCUACGUUUCAACAGCAUUUGCCCAUACACAGAAACAAGUUUUAGUAGAAACUAUCUAUCCGCCACCAGCAAAGGUGGAAGAUGUUUACAAAUUCAUCGAGGAAUAUGGAGAUGAUGAGCAGGCAACUAUGAAGUUUAUAUAUGGCCAACCGAAUACUUAUACAUUUACGAAAUCUUUAUCAGAAGCUUAUUUAAGUCGUCAUCAUGGAAAUGUACCUACUGUCAUCAUCAGACCGUCUGUAGUGUCUGCGACAGCAAAAGAGCCACUCAAAGGUUGGUUGGAAAAUUGGUAUGGAGGCACUCCGUUGCUGAUGAAUGCUUCCGAAGGUUGGCUGAGGAUAGCUCGUGGUGACUUUAAGAAUAGGACUGACAUUAUACCGGUAGACUUCGUAACUAAUCUGAGUAUUAUUGCUGCUGCAAAGGCUAAACGAACAAAUGACGUCCAAGUUUUUAAUUCGACCACAACAGCUGAUAAUCCGGUGACUUGGUCUGAUUACAAGAAAUAUUUUACUGAAGAAAUUGUUCGGCGUGGAAAAAAUGAUUUACCCUACCCUGAUCUUUCAUUUGUCGAGUCUAAAACUGUGUUGGCAAUUGCAACGCUCUUCAUGCAGACCAUACCAGCUCAUGUCCUUGACCUUUGGUUGAAAAUGACUGGCAAGGAACCACGGUACGUCAAAAUAUUAGCUCAAGUAAUUGUACUAAGAAAUGCUUAUGAACACUUUACCACCCACAAUUGGAUCAUGAGGUCUGACAGGACGAGGGAGCUGCACUCCUCACUGUCUCCCGAAGAUCGAGAGGAGUUCCAAUGUGAUCCCACCCAGAUCAACUGGCCAGAAUACUUGAGAGAUUACAGUACAGGCGUCAUAAAAUAUUUGAAGCCUAGAAAAAUGUAUUAA